AUGCGAUUUUUUUCCUCCUUGUUCUUCCCUGCGCCGAAUCCGUCCUAUACUGCGACAAGUUUCCCCGGAGAGCUGCUUUGGAUACCACAAUCCUUGGAUUAUGCGCAGUGUGAAAAGGGCACGGCUUUGCCGGCCAUUUUGAUCAACUGCCUCCAUGCCAGAUAUUUUAUUCUCUUCCUCCACAGCAAUGGGGAGGACAUUGGUAUGUGCCAUACCUUUGCUAGUAGAUUGCGCGAUUUGUUGGAGGUUCACGUGCUUGCCGUGGAGUACCCUGGCUAUGGGCUUUGCUCCGGUAAGCCUUCUGAGGAGACCCUGCUCUCCGCCGCCGAGCUCUCCUUCCGGUAUGUGCGCGAGGUCUUGCAAGUUGCGCCAGCUGACAUCAUUGUGAUGGGCCGGAGCAUGGGAGCAGCUGCUGCCUUGUUCUUGGCACCGUGGUUGGAUUAG